AUGGCGUCUCUACGCCGCGUGGUUGUCUGCGUCACCUCCGCCGCCAUUCGGCUGUUUGCAUUCAUUUUCCUGCGAUGGAUCCCAGGAUAUCCAUUUGGCCCCAUUGUAUUGACCUCAUUCGGCAUAUAUUUGGGGACAUUGUCCUCGCUGCUCAAUGAUGAUCCACCAUCCAAUCCCAAGCCCGAAAAGGGUGGAAAGAAAUCAGGCAGAACCUCCGAAGAUUCAAUUGCGUCCCAGCCGCGAGACUCCGCGCUCAAGACCCUGCUGACAGGCCUCCCUUCCAGGCGGUCGCGGGUGUGGACCUGGACGACGGCACUGAUCAAUGCGGUGCUAGCAUUGAUGACCCUCGACUUUCUCCUUCGAGGAUUUUGGAUUUACCCCAGUGAUGAGGCUGCCUUUUCCCGGAUCGGAUAUGUAUCUCCGACCACAGCCAACCUGCUCUUUCGCGAGCCUGACUCGUCUCACCUACCGGUGGUCGUCUCCUACCAGGAGGCUGCUACGACUGCUUCGGAUAUAUGGGUUCCAGAAGGCACUGUCUAUAAACUCGACAACAAUACUGACUUUACAGCGAUGGUCACUCUGAAAAAUUUGAAGCCAUCGACUCAUUAUCGGUACUCGUUGUCCAAUAACAAGACGGGUACAUUCAUCACCUCUGCACGCCCAGGCUCUCCAGCAGCAAGUCGGCUCUCCUUCGUGACGUCAAGCUGCUUAAAGCCCAAUUUUCCUUACAAUAUCCUCAAUCACCCACUGCGGGUCCCCGGAAUCGAGCAAAUGACUGAAGUAAUCGGGAAAUUGCCCACUCUCCUUCGCCCUGCGUUUAUGCUCUUCUUGGGCGACUUCGUUUAUAUCGACGUACCGCUCCGCUUUGGCUCAUCCGUGUCCCAUUACCGCAGUGAAUAUCGGAGAAUCUAUUCGUCACCGUCAUGGGCCACUACUUCAGAAGCCGGACCAGCCAUCGAUCUUCCUUGGAUUCACACCCUUGAUGAUCACGAGAUUGAAAACGACUGGUCCAAAGGCAAUAAGACAGCACCCUAUCCCGCUGCCGCCGAUCCCUUCAUUCACUAUCAUGUCAGCGCAAACCCACCAGUACCAGAAUCCCCAUUUGCACACCCUGACAAUGUGACCUACUUCUCCUUCAUCAAUGGCCCAGCAUCAUUCUUCAUGCUGGACACUCGUACCUACCGCUCCGAACCCGCGCAGAAAGAUUCCACGAUUCUAGGCUACGCACAGCUCCAGUCUCUACUAACCUAUCUCACGACACCGGAACCAGCGGGCGUACACUGGAAAAUCAUCGCAUCCAGCGUCCCCUUCACGAAGAACUGGCGCGUCGGCACAACAGACACAUGGGGCGGUUUUUUGAACGAGCGUCAUACCGUAUUCGAAGCAAUGUGGCGUGCAGAGCGUGAACUUGGCAUCCGCAUCAUCCUGCUCAGUGGUGAUCGGCACGAAUUCGGCGCCACGCGCUUUCCAGACCCCGCGCUUGAAUUGACGUCCGAAGGACUCCAGCCCAAUACGGCUGGGUUUGGACUUCAUGAGUUCAGCGUUGGUCCGUUGAGCAUGUUCUACCUUCCUAUCCGGUCAUACCGGCAGGCAGACGACGAGGAUGUCGCUGUGAAAUAUGCCCCGGAUGGCAAUAGCAAGUUUGGUUUUAUUGAUAUUCGCGAUGAUGUUAUUAAUGCUGAUGUUGAUGCGCCUUCUCCUGUGCCUGUUCGAAGCUCUGUGCUGACGUACUCGCUCUAUGUGGAUGGAGAGGUUGUUUGGCAGUAUCGUCUUAGUGUUCCUGUUGAGCGGGAUGCUGGGGCGAAGGCUGCUCCGAAGGAUAGGGUUAUUUCUCAUCUUCCUCCUGGAGAGGUGGUCGAGGAUAAAUUGGUGAGAGAAAGUUGGGAUGUUGCUGUCAAGAUCAUGAUUGGAAGAAUCGAGGAGCUUGCUCACGUUUUGAUCGAUAAGGGGACUGCUCUGUAUGAAGCAGUAUCGGGGAAUGUGGAGAAGACCGUGAGAGUGGACUGA